AUGCGGCCAAAAAUUGGCUCACCGUGCUGUUUCUCUCGGCCCGAAACAAGCCCAGCAACCACCUUCUUCUUUGCGAGCCCGCCUCCCAGUCCAACUCGGCCCGCUCCCUUUGACAUCACGGCCCGAUUAGUCUCGCAACCCAUCGGGACUGGCUGCUGGUUGGCUCGGCCUAGGGUUAGCAACCCCAGGCUUGCGAGAAGAGGGAACCCGCCGCCCUCGUCGUCCUCCAUCUUUGGCCGCGACGCACGCAGAGGCUCACCGCCUCCGUCUCUCUUCUCCAGCAACUCAUCCCGCGACGGCGAUGGCUCGCUCACUUCUGGGGCCGUCGUCCCUCUCACGGCAGGAGUCGCUGCUCGAGAUCCCUUCUCCUUUCCCGUCGUCGGCAGCGAGAAAUCCUCCCGGCGUGUGGUUGGCGGCUCCCAUGCCGCCGAGUUCUUUCUUCGGACGGUGAUUGCAUCACCUGAGGCAGUCCUCGAUCGUUGGUCCGGAUGGUCAAGAUGGAAACCCGAUGCUGCCUCGGCCUCGCUUUGUCAAUAG